UUCUGCCCCUCGUUUGUUUUUGCACCCGCCGCCUCCGGCACCGGGUGCCCUCCCUCCAACACCAUGGACUUGCAUGGAGCACGCGAUGUGUCGAUCGCUUCCACAGCCGGCAUUCGGUCGACCGCCUCGCCGGAGUCCAACCUGGCGGCCGCCCAGCGCGAGGCCGACAAUGUUUUGCAAAAACUCAACAUCGCCUCGGCGCGCAAUCUCGUCUCCGAGACCCGCGCCGAGAUGGAAGCACGCCGGCGCGAGCUCCGUACACUUGUCGGCGAGCGAUACCGCGACCUGCUCAGCUCGGCAUCGGCCGUGCGUGCCAUGCGCGACACUGCAGCCGGCCCCUUCAAAGGCAGCUUGCUCAAGGCAUCGCUGGCGGCACAGGCGGCCACCAAUCUGUCGGCCAGCCGACCGAUCGGGUCUUCCGGGGCCGGCGGCCUGCUGGCCAUCUCCAAGGAUGAGCUCCUGCAAUCGGCCACUCGCUCGGUGGCGGUCCGGGCCCUGCUCGAUGCUCCGGCUCAGAUCUGGUCCUCGCUGGAUGCCCACGACUUCCUGUCCGCCGCGCGGGUUUACAUCCACACCCGGCGUCUGUACCAUGCGUCGUUGCCUCGGCUGAACCCCGGGGCCAACCCCCCGGCCGGAGCCGAACCCGACAGCCUGGGGGCCAUCUCCCCGGCGGAUCUCGGGCAAUGGUGGCGAUCGGUCGAGCCACUUCGCUUGCGUGUAAUCUCCGCCUGUGUGGCGUACCUCCAAGCGCCGGGCUGCCUGCUGCCGGAUGGGCCACUCCCGGCGGAUGAGCUGAGCGCCGCGGCUGCCGGCGUUCCCGGGGUCCUGACCAAGCCGGUGUCCCUGCGUGACGCCACCGCCAGUGCUCGGGCCCUCUAUUCGUUGGUCCUGCUGGACGCCGAUACCGAGGUGUCCCUGACCCUGGGGAGCUGGCAGGCGCUGCUGGCGACCGGGGACUCCGCCUCCGGGGCGGCUGCCCCUGAUGAGGAGGAUGCCGUGGCCGGGGCCGUUGUGGCGGCGGCGGCGGCCGCCGCGUCGGCCGACCAGCGCCUGCUGCAGAUCCUGCUCUUUGCGCGGCUGCGCCUGCUCCAGCGUCUGCUGUCCGACAACCGGUGCCCGGGUGCCGACCACGGGCCCGGGACUGUGGCCCUCCUGGCCCGGCGCCCGGCCUUGGCCGACCUGCUGGCCCUGCGCCUGGUUGUCGACACGGUCCAAUUGGCCACGCUAUGCCCCCUCCUGGUGGACCACUCAUCGGGCCUGGCCCAGGCGCUGGCGUCUGACAUGUCGGUGGCCGUGGAUGCCAUCCCCCCGGCCGAGCCCGAUCCCCGGGUUACCGAGUGGCUGCGUCUCGGCGUCCUUCCCCUCCUGUCGGGGGCCGCCUUCCGGUCGAUUGAAACCCUCCCCGAGCUGGCCACCUUCGGGACACAGUCCUUCCAAGCCUGUCGAUCGAUGCUGGCUGCCGGCACGCCGGCCAGCGCACAGCUGGCUCUCUUGCACGAUGGGGCGUUGCCCGGGGGGAUGGGCGAUCUGGCGGCGCCGACCGCCGCCUGGCGGGCUCUCUUCCAAUGCCCCUUUGUGGAGCGCGCACGGACGCUCAUUCACGCGGCCCUCGGCAUCACCCUGACCCGGCCUGCCGUGGACCUUGUGUCGGCGGAGCUCAUCUCGCUGGCGAGUGAUCUGCUCCGGGGCCCGGAGCCUGGCCGGCGGGGGUGCGGAGUGCUGGUGCGUGAGCGGCUGACGGCCGGAACCGAGCACUUGGACCGGGUGUUCGGCCGGACACACCCGCUGCUGGUCGAGACCCGGGGGUUUUGUGACACCCUGCCGCGGGACCUGCCCGGGGUGGUGGUCCCGGCUGGGGCCUUUGUGGCGGCGGGUCUGGCCCAGGCGGCGGAAGCCCUGGCCCAAUGCAUCUCCGAAGUCCGGCCCAGUGCCGAGGUCGGGGCCGUGUUUGAUGUGUUCGUCUCGCGUCUGGCGCAUCACCUGGCCGGGUGCCUCGGGGAGAUGCAGGCGCGCGCGGUCAUUGAGCUCGGGCCUGGGCCGCGCGAGGCCGGGGCCCUUGACGCGGCGGUCGCUCGGAUUGCACUCCUCUCACGCACCUACUCCGAGCGGUGGAUCGGCCACCUGCUGACCGGGGCCCUGGACACGGCCGAGGCCCUGGUGCCGAGCUCGACCACUGGACCGAGCCCUCCUCAGGGUGGCGCCGUCGUCACCGGCCCACUGCCCCCCUCGGACACGGUGCUGCAGCUUGUUUUCCAUUGUGGCCAGGCGCUGCAGUCCUUCUCGCCGCAAAUCGAAUGGUCGGAGUCCCUCUUGGGGUAUGCACGGAGCAUGUGCUUCGAUCUGCUGUCCCGGCGACUGGCCGGCCAUCUGGAGGGGCCGGCCCUGCGCACGGACUUGGCCUUCCUCAAGGCGGUCCUUGGAACCGAGGCGCUGGAGACCGGGGGCGAGGGUGCCGGGGCCUCGGGGCCCGCGGCCUCGGCGGGACCGCCCCCCUCCGGGUCGGCCUGGACCGAGGACCGCCUGGCUGCCUAUUCGGCUGUCUGCGGGCCCAUUCUCUUUGGCGGUGGCCCGCCAGCCGGUCCGGGCUUCGGCCUGCUGAGUGCGACCGUCACCCGACCCGGGCCGGCUGGGGCCGACCUCAUCGGGAACAUGCCGCUGGUUCGGCCGCGCCUGGCCACCUUGCCCAUUGGCGAGGGUCUGUUCGUCCCGUUGUCGGAGGCCGGAGCAGCGCCAGGGGGCCGCUCGCGCCCUGCCGCCGAUCUGCCGGCCGCCGGCCCCGGGCCGUCGCUCCUGAAACGCAGUGCAUCCUCCAGUCUUGCCGGGUCCCUGUCCGAUGGUGGACGGCAGACCCACAUCCACUUCCGAUCGGGAGCGGCCAUCCCCCGAGCCAGCAUGGCAUACCGCAGGGCGCCAGCUCCCCUGGCGACGCCGUCACGGCCUUAGGCUGCAAGGCAAGCAUAUGCAGCUUGUGUCGGUCACGGAGGCUUUCCCCCCCCCCCCUGCCCGGCGAUCACCAAGGCCAGCCACGGCGUCCGUGCUCUUGCCUAUGGCAGCGAAUGAACCCUUUCUAAAGGCGAGCCGAAGAGCACAUUUAUAAAUACAUAUAUAUAUACACUAA